CUGAAAAGUCAGCCUCUGUUGUGACUAAUUUUCCCUCUCGUUUCUUUAUUACUUUAUUGACGGAGGAGAACAGAACUGGGUCACAGCAGCACACAGAGAGCGAGAGCAUGCGGAGGAAUCGCAAAUGCACACGUUCUUUAAUGCACAACAAGGGCAAAAGUUGCGGUAUUUAGCAGCGGUGCCGUGUAUCACUGUGCACGUACAGCAUUCCGCAUUUCAUUUGAGUUAUUAUGUUCAGACUUUUAACGUUUGCAUUUCAAACUUCUCCAACAGAGGAGAGUUUGGAGACAGUUUAGCCAGCUGCAUAUUCGUAGCCGCCGGAACGCUUCUCGUUUCGUCCCAUCGGUUCGCGUGGACUUCGUGUGGACUUUUGUGAGCAGAACUCUCGGACGCAGGCUGGACGCUGCGGUCCCAAAGGUCGGUCAACCUCAUUAGACCCGACUCGUCGACGCUGGGUUUGGCUCCAGUGACAGUCGUCGUGCUUUAAAUGUUAGAAACCUUACGAACGCGCCCUGGUUAUUGCUCCUGGCGCCAAAAAGGCAUUGGACAGGGUACGGGCCGAUUUCUCAUUCGCUUUGGAAAAAGCUCAGCAUGGGCGAUAACUUUGUUGACCCCAUGAAAUAGAGGUGGUACCCUAACUCUUUGGCACAAGUAAAUAGAAAUGCUUUCUGUCACACACGGUCCCUGUACCAAGGGCCUCUCGGCGAAGCGCUCCUCUUUCGCCACCCUUCUUUACACUUUCCGUCGACGAACCUUUGGCACGAGCCAUUCGGAGCAGCGAAGCUUUAUUGCUCUAUACACGCUGCACUACCUGUGUUGCCCUACCCGUGUUACCUUUGCCCCGCUACACAGAUAGGACUUGUUCCAGCACCUCCCGGCUUCAGCUCAUCGUUGCGCUUUCCCAACCGACCACAUAAUGUCAUUCGUCCAGGAAGGUGCCAGUUCAACCACAGCGUUGUGUAACGACCGGCAGCCUAACUGCCUCCAACCUGCGCGCGUCGUCUCGUACCCUUCCGUCGGCGUUCGUGUCGCGUACCUGCAAAACAGAGGUUCGAGUUGCCAAAACACGUACCCUGCUGAAAUUGACUCCGGGACUCAGCCUCCGGAGCGAUGUCUGUUUGGGGUCAUGCUCAUCAUUUCCUGUUUCCUAGGCACGGCCACCACGUAUGUGCGCUACAAGCAGGUGAAGGCCCUGACUUCGUGGGAAGAUCGCAGUGUUCGCCGCCUCAACACCGCAGGCCUCUGGCUGGGCCUCGGCAGCUCUUUCGGGAUGUGCAUCGUCGCCAACUUCCAGAAAACCAUCGUGAUCUCCUUGCACGUGUUGGGAGCCGCCAUGACCUUCGGUCUCGGGACCCUCUACAUCCUGGUGCAGGCAGCGGUGUCCCACGGCAUGCAGCCGCACGUCCACGGGAAGGACGUGUUCUGGGUGCGGUUGGGAGUGGCGCUCUGGAGCUUAGCUAGCGUCAUUGUCAUGUUCCUGUCGUCAGUCAUCGUGUACGUCGGUGUGCCGGACAUUGACAUCGCCAAGAAGUUACACUGGCUGCCCCAAGAGACUGUGAGGGGUUACGCAGCCCACCUGGUGAGCACCAUCUCCGAGUGGUCCCUGGCCUUCUCCUUCGUCGCAUUUUUCCUCACCUACAUCCGCGACUUCCAGAAAAUCUCCCUUCGGGCAGAGGCGGUGCUGCAGAGCACCCAUCUGUACAACACGAGCUACAAUGCGGGCGUGCGAGGUCGUCCCGGGGAAAGGGCCCCGCUGCUAGCUGGGAGUCUGUGAAGGCUCAGGGCUCCCCCUUGUGGCCCGGAGGAGCAACAACACCGGAAUUUCUCCAGUUCACCUGAAUCGGUUUGUUUUGUCCGACAGUCAAUCGACUGCAGACCUUCUGACUGGACCUUGACGCAGCCAUCAAAUGUAGUUUACAGUGAAAACGUCACAGUGGUGCGGGGAGGCAUCUCUCUCUCUCACACACACACACACACACACACAAACACACACACACA